UGUCGCCCAUAUAUCCCUUUUCUUCAACACAAAGAAAGACCCAAAACUUUGUCCUCUAUAUAUCUCCCACCUCCUCCUACUCUUCUUCUUCUUCUUCUUCUUCUUCCAUUCUUGAAACAAAUUAACCGUUAGAAGCCCAAAAAACCAUUCUAAAAUAACCCACUCUCCCUCUCUUCCACUCCCCAUGGACCUUAACCAAAUCCCCCAUGGCCUAACCCCGGAGGAAUUCACAUCUCUCGAGCCCCUCAUUCGAACCUAUCACACAUUCGAGAGGAGUCCAAACACAUACACCUCCCUCAUAACCCAACGCAUCGACGCCCCGGCGCACGUCGUCUGGCCGUUCGUCCGCCGCUUCGACAACCCCCAGAGGUACAAGCACUUCAUCAAGAGUUGCACCAUGAAGUCCGGCGACGGAGGCGUCGGCAGCGUCAGGGAGGUCACCGUCGUGUCGGGGCUCCCGGCGUCGACGAGCACGGAGAGGCUGGAGAUUCUGGACGACGAGAGGCACAUCCUUAGCUUCAGGGUGGUUGGUGGCGAGCACAGGCUGAACAACUACAAGUCGGUUACUUCCGUCAAUGAGUUUGACAAAGGAGGGAAGGUUUAUACGGUUGUUUUGGAGUCUUAUGUUGUGGAUAUACCGGAGGGGAAUACUGGGGAGGAUACUAAGAUGUUUGUGGAUACUGUCGUGAAGUUGAAUUUGCAGAAGCUUGGGGUGGUGGCUAUGGCAUCUUUGCAUGGACAUGAAUGAGGGUGUUGGAGGUUCAACCGGGGGUGCCGAUCCAGCGGUAAUAUAUAGUUUAGGUGAGGUGGUGGUGUUUCCCACCGGUCCGUUUUCAAUUUUCCGGCCAUAUUUCAAGCACACUUUGAUGAUUGGCUCUGUUCACCUUGAAAUGGAGGGGGACACCUCCCCCUCUCCUAUACCUGAGAUAUACUGUAUAAAAGUUUCUCGUUUUAUUGGUUCGGGGCAGUUGCAGAAGGAGCGUCGGUGUUGGCUAUGUUGUAUUGCAGGUUUUUCUGUUGCUUUGAUUUACUUUAGUUUUGGCUUGCUUUUCUUUGCAGUAGAAUGCAUUUUUUGGUUAAGUUAUGAGGUUUGGAGGUGUUAGGAAAUUUGGUUCGGGCCUUUUUUUACUUUAAUUGGCUCUUGUUAUUUUAGUUGGCGUCUUGCCUUCUCAAUUUUUCAUUUUUUUGGCCUUGGAUGAAGUUUGUUGUUGUGA